CUUUCCCUCCUGCUGGAGAACGGAAUAAAAGCCAAUUUUGCGGCGCUCCGGGCCCUCCGCGCGCCCUGGCGGCCCCCGCAGCUGCAGCCCUGUAACUUUAAACCUGGCCUGAGGUCAUCGUUUUCGCGCGGGCCAAACAGAGCGAGGGGGCGGUCCUAGUGAGCCCCGGACUGGGACCACCUUACAGCGGACCUCUCUCCGCCCUCCUCGGGAGAGAUAAAUGCUGACUCCCAUCCAAAAGUUGCCAGCUGCAAAGUUUGGUGCUCCGGCUGCUUGCGCGGGUGAAGGAAGCUUGGGAACCCAUCACGCGCGGGGACUUUCGCUCCUUGCAUCUCCACUCGCGCUCCGCCGGGCCUGUGGCUGCAGAGAUUUUGAUUUUUAAUCUUCCUCUAGUUCAGAAACCAGCGGCUCGGCCCCCGAAGAGAACGAGUCAACUAAGAAGAUGUGGAAGGUGCCGGUUCUGCUCUUGGUUUUGGGAAGCGCGUGGCUCUGGGUCCUGGCAGAAGGAGCUAGCACAGUCGGGCCAGAAGAUGCCAUUGUGACUACAGGUGUGGAAGAUGGCGUGGUGACCCACAGUGUGAAAGAUACAACAGUGACCCCAGGUGCCAAUGAAGACCAUGUGUCUACUGGCUUGCCACCUCUGGUGCCAAGAAGUACAAAGAGUCCAGGCGGUCAGAUAGAGGAUCUGCCAACUGCAGGAAACACAGUCUAUUACCCAAAAGAAAGCCGGAGCACCAGAACCCCAGAUGUGGUGACCAGCCACACCGUGGGGAAAGCGGGUGGAAACACAAAGACAACUGUUGAGAAAGAUGGCUUGUCGACAGUGACUCUGGUUGGAAUCAUAGUUGGGGUCUUACUAGCCAUUGGAUUCAUUGGUGGGAUCAUCAUGGUGGUCACUCGAAAAAUGUCAGGAAGGUUCUCGUAA